AGAACUAAUUUGCAUAUUAUGCUUUUUUACAGAGCAGCUUAAGGGUCUUUCAUGUGACAAAUCUCAAAGCAUUCUGUUUUAAUUACUCAAUUGUUUUCAAGAUAACUUUUGAUGUGAUGGUUGUUUGACUUAUUGAUAAUGGCAUAAUGGCAUUUGUCAAGAAUUUGCAGCUGUCACAGUUCCUGCAGCUGAGACUAAAUUAUAAAUAUUGUUUAAAUUUCACAGUUUUUUCUGAUAAUUUGUUGUGCAAAUCAAUGAAGCUAAAUUCAAUCCAUUGCCAUAGCAUCUGUAAUGUUUUAAAUCUAAACCAUUGUUAUGGCUGUCAAAAAGUACCAAAAAAUUUGUAUUACACUCGUACACUUCUCAAUUCAUUCCAUCACAUUACUGAAAAACAUUUUAUAAGUAACUGCUGUAAUCUUCAUGCUUCACAUGUGCCAGUAAUAAAUCAGAAAUUUAUCAAUUUUAACUAUGGAAUACUAAGGAAAGGGCUGGAGCAAGAAGAAGGUUGUGCCAAGUUCCAUACAGAUGAAGACCGGACUAUUGUUACCUUUUUGAACAGAGAAGAAUCGGCUCCACUUAUGGUUAACAGCUAUAGUCAGAGAGGGUUCCGUUUGAACAAUGGCCUGGCCGUGGUGGGCGCCAUCGCUCUGUUCCCCAAGUCAUUACUGAGCUGGAACGUAACAUCUGCAGCAAAAAUUAAUCGGGAAUCUCUAUCACUUUUCUAUAUGCUUGCUCCUAAAAUUGAUCUCCUCGUGUUGGGCGUUGGUGACAGAGGCAGCAAGUUUGACCUUUCCCUGUUACCCUUCAUGAGCAAAAAAGGAAUAUCAUUAGAGGUUCUACCGACAGAGAAGGCCGUCUCAACAUACAACUUCCUGGUCGAAGAAGGUCGCUGCGUUGCCGGCGCAUUUGUGCCGCCACAGACCAUCGUCUCGCCUUACGCUGAUCACGCGGCAGCCCUGAUGAGGAGAAAGGAGAUGUUCCAGCAAACUCUCCCCGAUGAAUUUAUUUAAGGUCAUCAGCUCCUGUCUUCUAAUAGUAUUUUUUUGUGAAAAUUCUAGAAUGAUUAAUUCCUGUUCAUGCCUUUAAUCCGGCCUGCAGCUUAUUAUGUAAAAUAUUUAUUUAUGGUUCAAAAUCUCCGUUGUGUAUUCUUGCUCUGGAAUGAGGUCAACGCCACAAGGCCUGUAGGAAUGCCAUGGUUGUUAGCAACCUAUUUAUUUUUACUCCAUAAUUAUGCAAUGGACUUGUGGUUGGUAAUGUAAUAAUUUUUUACACCGUAAUCUGCUGGAUAUCAAGAGUUUCAUGCGGUGAUUAAAAUAAAAAAUUUACCAUCAUAAAUUUAGAUGGAGAUUUUGAGUGUAACUCACUCCUCACGGCCGUCAAUUUCUUUUUCAAUCUUAUAUGACGUUGCUCAAUUGGAAUUUGCUUGUUUGAAUGGAAUUGACUGAUAGUGUGAAUAUUGGAAUAAAUUCAAAGAUUUUG